AUGCGUCAGCUGCUGCGAGGACAAUGGCUGCUGUCUUCGUCUUUGGUUCCUAGACGAUGCGGUACCAGUCCAUUUCGAGUGUCCGCACGAUAUAACUCCGCAAUAUUUACCGACCGGUUUGCCCAGCUAGCGAGCCGUCACUCUUCCCAGCACCAGAUUUACCAGUCGUUGUCCUCCGACCCUUAUGUGAACCUAUCUAUUGAGCAUUUCUUGCUGGAACAUGCGCCGCCUGAUAGUAGCAUCCUUUUUCUGUACGUCAAUCGACCUUGUGUCGUUAUCGGGCGCAAUCAGAACCCAUGGCUCGAGACCAACCUCGAGGCGCUCCAUAACGACCGUGUGAGCGUUGGGGAGGGAAACAGCGACGACAGUCAAGAGGUCGUUCUUGUUCGACGGAGAUCUGGUGGAGGCGCGGUCUAUCAUGAUCAAGGCAACCUGAACUACAGUGUGAUUUCCCCGCGGACUACAUUUACACGCAACAAACAUGCGGAGAUGGUUGUUCGGGCUCUGCACAGGAUUGGAGCGACCAAUACUAGUGUUAACGACCGUCACGAUAUCGUUAUGUCUGUUGGACCCAACGAGCAUGGGGGGUCUGUUGAAUUUCUGGACACACAACCGCGGAAAAUCUCUGGUUCGGCAUUUAAAUUGACCAGGCACCGGGCUCUACAUCAUGGGACUUGCCUGCUGGAUUCCCCCAAUAUCAACAACCUGGGAUCAUUUCUCCGAUCGCCGGCGCGAGACUAUAUCAAGGCGAAGGGCGUCGAGAGUGUGCGAUCGCCGGUAACAAAUGUCUCGACGGCUCUUGAAAAUGCCUUUGCGCCUUUCUCGAUACAGGGAGUGAUGGAUGGCAUCAUGGAGGAAUUUGGUCGAAUCUACCAGGUUGAUGCCGAUGCCGUUCGCCGCGCGCAACGUGCUCAUGCUAACGAGCCUGAGCUGUACGCCGGAGACGACUGGGUGGCUGGCGUGGUGGGUGAGCCACAGGGCUAUGGAGAGGCUGAGAUCAAGAAAGGCAUUGACGAACUGCGGUCGCUGGAGUGGAAGUACACUCAGACACCGCGGUUCACCUUUUCUACGUACCCCAUCGAGGAGGAUCCGCGUGAACGCCCUGCGCUGCCUUCGUCUCUGCCUCCAUCUACUCGGGUGUUUUUACGCCUCAAACACGGUGCUAUCGUUGAGAGUGAGAUUUCAGUUUCGUCUGACCCAACUGUUGCAUCGGAGGAGGUCCAUCGAGUGCAUGAAGCACUGAGUGGUCGGAAUCUCCAUGAGCUCCAGCUGGGUCAGUGGGAGCAGAUUCUUCGUGACGCACUGAGGGCGACUGACGCCACAGUUGCGCAUGAGCUUGCGAGGUUUAUUGGAGGCAAGCUGGGCUCCUUUUAG